AUGCCCUCGCAAGAAGUAGGAGUUCCUAUACCAAAUGUCCCCCAUGCAGUUUCUGUAACACUACCUACUUGGGAAGCCACAGUUGGUUACGAAGAGGGCGAGGAAUGGGUCACCAGUAAAAUGAACUCGGGGUAUCCUAGAUUCUUUAUUCAUCAAAUUAUCCAAAAAUUAUGCCGCAAACUCGAGGCAAAGUAUGGUCGUGAGGGUGAAGCGUGUUUGGUAUUUCCAAGCUACAAAGUUGCAAAGAGAUGCCGUCAAUUCAUUAAAGAUAAGUCUGAGGGCAAUGUACAUGUUAGAAUUUUACAAUUGAGCACAAGUGAACCAGUAAAUGAUUACGAGCGUUUGACUAAAGUGGGUACUAACAUAGGUGUGGUUUUUUUCCCAAAAUCUUUUUUUCCAUUGGCCAAGAAUUAUUGGCAGCAUUCGGGUGAAGUUAUCAGUUCUCGAAUGGGAGAAUAUGUGUUGAAGGAAUUGUUUGAGAAUGACAAAGACCAUUACGGUUUAAAAGGUAACUGGAAGCAAGCGUUGCAAGCGCAAAAGAUUCAGUCAAGAUCGCCCUCAAUUACUGCUUCUCGAGCUAGCGGCCGCAGCUCUGAUAGUCAAGUGAAUGAAGAAGUCGAAAGGGAAUUCAAUACCUUUAUUGAACAAAAAUAUGGACGUGUUUUGGAUUUCAAAUUUGCAAAGGAAGCCAAAAGAGCAUUGAAAAGAAGAAUUUGUGGAAAAGUCGAUAAGGAAAAUGACCAUGGCUUGGAGGAUAUUGAGCGUCUGAGAAGAGGAAAGCAUUUGAUCCCAUCGGACGUUUAUUUGUGUCCGUCCGGAAUGGCAUCAAUAUUUUUUGCACAUUAUUCAUUGUUGAACAUAUCGGAAGCACCAGAUGUUUCAGUAUGCUUUGGGUUCCCUUACACUGAUACCUUAAGCAUUUUGAAAAAAUUUGGACCUGGUGUCAAGUUUUUGGGAAUGGGUGACGACAAAUCUUUAGACGAGUUGGAAAAGGAGUUGGAAGGUGGACUAAAUAUAAUGGCGUUGUUUUGUGAAUGCCCUUCUAAUCCUUUGUUGAAGACUCCCAACUUGAAAAAGAUAAAGGAGUUAGGAGAUAAAUUUGGUUUUGCUAUUGUUGUCGAUGAAACAGUGGGGAACUUUUUAAAUAUUCACGUUUUGCCAUAUGCUGAUAUAGUGGCAUCGUCAUUGACCAAAGUUUUUUCUGGGGAUUCAAAUGUCUUGGCUGGCUCCCUUAUUUUAAACCCUUCAUCAAGAUACUAUCUGAAAUUGAAACAAUUUUUUGAUGAAGAGUAUGAGGAUUUGUUUUGGGAUGAGGAUGCUUUGUGGUUAGAGCGUAAUUCAAGAGAUUUUGUUGAUCGUGUUCGUAUUAUUGAUGCAACCACUGAGAAGGUGGUGGAUUUACUCGUUAAAAAUCCUAAAAUAGCACGGGUAUACUAUCCUAGUAUUGGGCCUUCGAAGAAGUAUUAUGAUGAAAUCAAAAACGAAAAUGGGGGUUAUGGGGGCUUGGUUUCUUUCUUGUUUCAUGAACCCGAGGAUGCUGUCUCUUUCUUCAACAAUGUAGAUCUUUAUAAAGGGCCUUCGUUGGGUACGAAUUUCACGUUGGCUUGUCCUUAUGCCAUCCUCGCUCAUUACCAGGAGUUGGAUGAGAUAGCUCAAUGGGGUGUCGAUAGAAACUUGAUUAGGGUUAGUAUCGGAUUGGAAGAUCCAGAUGAAUUGUUGGAGGUGUUCAAAAAGGCGUUAGAAUAG